GUACACUUUCGUUUUUUUUUUGACAGUUCCAAAAAGUUGCGAAUUGCUCGACCGGAUAGAAAGCAUUAAGCAACGUUCCUAGUUGUAGGUCCCGAUCAUGUAGUAGUUUGACAGGAAUAAAGAUGUGGCACGCGUACGAGGGGCGGAAAGGUUUCUUUCCGACCCCUAUAUGUCAUUGCCUACUCGUUUCGCUCUUGCUUGCAACGCGACUGCUAGACGUUGCGUCCGUUGCUGCCCUCACCUCUAGCACGGAUUGCGCCAGUUUCUGCCGUGCGGUGAGAAAGAGGGAUCACGUCUUCACCUUGAAGUGCAUCGCGAGGGACGAUGCUGACACGACGGAGCAUGCGACCGCGAGUUUCUGUGAGGAGAUGUGCAGUGCCGCUGCCUCGUCGAAGGACACGCAAACAACGAAUUUGAGCACCUGUGCCCCCAAACGCAAGCGGAGCCUACUGCAACUGUCCGCGGGGAAGCAAUCGCUUAAAGCGAAACUGCAAGGGUGCCCGAAGGCGCAGCCCUGCAACUGCAAGUGCGUGUGCCCGGAAACGGUGUAUCAAACGGUCCCGCCGCCCGCGCUUUUUUUGCAGGAGGAAAAGGGAACAAACAGCGAGUUUUCGCCGAUUCCGGUCGUGCCAAACUUUGACCCGCCGCCGCCACCGGAUUGGCGCCAGCAGCCCUGUCCUGAGUUUGAGCCCUGCAACUGCUACUGCCACUGCAGGCGGCCGGUGGAGGAAGCGUGAGGAUUUGGCGCUAUUAGCAGCCAGAAUUCUGGCGUCUUCUCCUUUUGUUUUACAACAAGGAAAAUGGAAAUUCAUAAAAAGAGAAAUUGAUAAACUGUUUCGACGUCUAUUUAUUUGUUUCGAAGUUUUUGGUGCAGGAAAGGAAGAUACGGGACGAUUUGAUGUAGCAAAGUGAUUCCUUGCCGAAACUUUUUUCCGCCGGAGCCAUGUGUCGGGGCUAUGUAUGUAACGAGACGCAGCAUGACUGUCCGCAAAGGGCCUUCACACCGCACGAGACGUGUUGCGGGGCGGAUAUGUUGCCACCUGCCUCGUGCAGCGGAGCGGGUAGUCAGGCUGCUCUGGGCAGCAAAGCAGAAAACGCAC